AUGCGGAAGUAUGGAGUUCAACAUAGAUUGGCUACUCCUUAUCAUCCUCAAACGAAUGGGCAAGCCGAAGUUUCAAAUCGGGAGAUUAAGCAAAUCUUGGAGAAGACGAUAAAUCCCUCAAGAAAUGAUUGGAGUUUAAGGCUCGACGACGCACUGUGGGCAUAUCGAACGGCCUAUAAAACUCGUAUUGGCAUGUCACCUUAUCGAUUGAUAUUUGAGAAUAUGUGUCACUUGCCUGUUGGAUUAGAGCACAGAGCUUAUUGGGCAAUCAAAAAGAUGAAUAUGCAAUCGCCUAAGUGUGAGGAGGAAAGGAGAUUUCAACUUCAAGAGUUUGAGGAGCUUCGUCUUGAAGCUUAUGAUGCCUCGAUGUGGUAUAAGGAUCGCACCAAGAUGUGGCACGACAAGAACUUGCGAGGAAAGUCAUUUAUAGUCAGCCAAAAGGUAUUUUUGUUCCAGUUAAAGCUGCGGUUGAUGCCCGAAAAAUUGAAGACGAAGUGGAUUGGCCCCUUCGUGAUAUAG